GUCGUUCUCUCCUCUGACCGUCCGCCGUAUGCCGUAUGAUAGGUGCUCGCACGUAAUAUCGUGAAUCGUACAAUGUUAUAACAAUAUUGCAUUAAUAGUAAUAACAACAGUUAUACGACGACGGACCUUAUAUUUACGGUUUUCACUGCCGGCAAUCCGACAUCCACACCGACACCGUAGUCGCCGAACUGUCGUUCUUGCCUUUUUCACUCUGCCGUUAGCUAGCAGCAGUCACUUCGCUCGAGAUGGCCACCUCAAACACAGUGGUGAUUCCAAGGAAUUUUAGACUACUUGAAGAGUUGGAACAAGGUCAAAAAGGUGUAGGCGAUGGCACAAUUAGUUGGGGUCUCGAAAAAGAUGAUGAUAUGACUUUAACCCAAUGGACUGGAAUGAUCAUUGGACCACCUAGGACUCCUUAUGAAAAUAGAAUGUACAGUUUAAAAGUAGAAUGUGGUCCUAUGUAUCCAGAUGAUGCACCUGUCGCUCGUUUUGUCACGCGCAUCAAUAUGAAUUGUGUGCAUAAUACAAGUGGAUUGGUUGAUAAUAGACAAGUGCCAGUAUUGGCUAGAUGGCAACGUGAUUAUAAUAUCAAAACUGUUCUGCAAGAGCUUAGACGAUUAAUGACACUUAAGGAUAACAUGAAAAUGUCUCAGCCGCCUGAGGGUAGCACAUUCUAGCCAUCGCCGCUGUCUGAACCAUGGAAUAGUUUGUACCUUGCGCCUCGCUACCAACCCACAGCAGCCGCACCGGUACAACCUACACAGCCGAUGCAAGCAGUACAACAACAACAACAGCGUCGCUUCAUUGGUCGUUGCCUGAGGAUUAUAUUCCCAUGCUGCUAUUAUACAGCUCCUCAGACCGACACCUAGAUUUUACCUAAAAUGUUUGGGAAAUGUCUACCCCAUUCAUUUUUGGUUUUAAACAUAUUUCCACAGAAAUAUAAGUUUUACAGGUCAUUUUGUUUUAUAAUUUUUGUUAAUUUUUCAUUUAAUUUCAUGGUUCAGAAAGCGAUAUCACACUUAGGCAUAUUUUAUAUACUAUUUAUUAUAUUAUAUUAUAUACUCUUAAAUAGAUAUCUAGACAAUGUUUUAUUUUAAGUACUAAAAAAAAAACUAAUAUUUAAAUCAUAAUGAAUAUAACUUGAGGUUAUUUGUGGGUAGGUAAUUACUAAUU